AUGCUGCCCACCUGUGCCCUGCCACUGCCGCCCUCCUGUGUCCGCCACGGCCCUGCCGGCCCAGUUCCGCCCGUGGCCAAGGCCGGGCCCGGGGCAGGUGAGGAGAGAGGCUGCGGGCUCGGGCCGGUGCCCGGCACAGCUGCUCCGCCAGCCAGCGAGGCGACGAUGGAUGAGAACGGAGGAGACCAAAUGGCCUCCCUGAAGGACUUACUGGAAUACGACGAAGAGGCAGUGAUUGACCAGGGAAAAUGGAGCAGCACUGCCAGCAUUCACUAUGAGGAUGAGCUGGAAAUCCACCCCGUCCGUGGGAGCCAGGAGGACGAGCAGCAUGCUCCCCACAAACUCUUCUGCCAGCUGGCUGAGAUCUGCGUGGCAGAGGGGGAAGCUGCUGAGUGGAAGGAUGCAGCAAGGUGGUUCAGGUUUGAGGAGGACGUGGAAGACGGUGGCGAGCGCUGGAGCAAGCCCUACGUGGCCACACUGUCCCUGCCCAGCCUCUUGCAGCUGAGGAGCUUCAUCAGCAGUGGCACAGUGCUGCUGGACAUUGGGGCCAGUGGCAUGGAAGAGAUUGCAGUGGCAGCACUCAGCCCUCGGCCUUCUGCAGACGCUGCUGGGGCUGAAGGUGGGGGGAAGCAGGAGAGCUCCACAAGGGCUUUAAGCAAGGCGGAGCUGCGCUUGCUGAAGAGAAUUCCCAGCGGGGCUGAAGCCUGCAGCCUGCUCGUAGGGGAGCUGGGGGCCCUUCAGCAGCCCCUCCUGGCCUUUGUCCGCCUGGCCCAGGCUGUCCUCCUCCCGGGGCUGACCGAAGUGCCCAUCCCAACCAGGUUCCUCUUUGUUUUGCUGGGACCAGCAGGAAGAGCCCAGCAGUACCAUGAGGUCGGCAGGGCCAUGGCUACUCUCAUGAUGGAUGAGGUUUUCCAAGCAGUUGCCUACAAAGGCAAGAAGCCAGGUGACCUGGUGGCUGGCCUGGAGGAGUUCCUGGAGCGGGUGAAGGUCUUGCCAGCAGGCCAGUGGGAUCCCUCCAUCCGGAUCAAGCCCCCGGAAAAGGUCCCUCCCCAGGAGAAAAGGAAGGUGCCAGGAGCUGUGGACGGCAGCGCUGCGCACCACCACCAGAAGCAGUCUGAGAACUGCUCAGGAACAUCUGAAGCAGCUGGCAGGCCCCAAGCCUUUGAAGGAGAAGAGUCAGAACCCUGGCUCCAGGCUGUUGGUGUCUGCGUGAAGUGCCCUGUGCCCAUCUGGGACGGGUGCAUGAAGACGAGUGCAUGA